GUCAGGUAGAUGUUAGUAGGACAUUUAAUGGUGUGCACAGCAGGAAGUAUACCGUACUUUUGUUCUUCAUGAUUGCAUGUGCAUAGUGUAUAUAGAGUACAGUAUAUACAGUAUACCGUACAUAUACAGUAUAUAGGGAGUGUAGUUUUCUUCUCGAUGACCGCAUGUGUGCUUGUGAUGGAAGGAAGCAUGGUUGACAACACUUUAAGAUCUGUUUUGCCUGCAGCUUGUUUGUCCUCCAGCAGCCUCCAUCCUGUCAGCGCCCCCUCACACUCUCUCUUCCCCGGCGUGCAAGCUCAGCAGGGCGGCAUGAAGCUGGAGGCUGUCAUGGAGAACCUGCAGCGGCAGCAGGCGGCGAGGUUGGCCCUGGAGGAGAAGCUCAGGCAGGAGAAGGAGAAAGACCUCCGCUCCUUGGUGGAGACCCAGAUCCACCAACAAGCUCUGGCUUUCCGACACUACCAGGCGGCCAUGCAGAGCGCCUUGGCCGCCGGAGUCAGCUCGCAGCCUGCAGCGGGACGGAACAGAAGCCACCACGGGGACCACAGGGACAUGGAAAACCUGGAGGAAGACCUGGUGGAAGACCUGGCAGAGGACAUGGAGGAAGACGAGGAACAAGACGCGCUGUUGGCACAGGAAGCCCGUCUGUCAGCGAGAAGCGCCACGGUGAUGACCGCUAGAGUUCUGCCAGCCUCGGUGGUCCACACCCGCCGAGCAGAAUCUCCACCCGGACCACCGCAGAACCACGAAUGGACUUACGAGGAGCAGUUCAAGCAGUUGUAUGAACUGGAUGAUGACGAAAAGCGCAAAGAAUUUCUGGAUGACCUUUUCAGUUUCAUGCAGAAACGAGGGACUCCAGUGAAUCGGAUUCCUAUCAUGGCCAAGCAGGUGUUGGAUCUCUACAUGCUCUACAAGCUCGUCACCGAAAAAGGCGGCUUAGUGGAAGUCAUCAAUAAGAAAAUAUGGCGUGAGAUCACCAAAGGCCUUAACCUUCCUACCUCCAUCACCAGCGCAGCUUUCACUCUUCGAACACAAUACAUGAAGUACCUCUAUCCGUAUGAAUGCGAAAAGCGGGGACUGAGCUCCCCUGGUGAGCUUCAGGCAGCCAUCGACAGCAAUCGGCGGGAAGGCCGCCGGCAGAGCUACGGGUCCGCCGUCUUCAACUACUCUCCUGUAGGCACCCCGACCCUUCUGUCAUCACCAAAGAUGCAACUUUCCCAUCUACCAAUGCCUACUCACAAUACUGCUCAUAUCUCCCAGAUGAUCAAGAAAGAGGAUGCCAUGGUUGCCAGCUGUGUGCCAGGCAGGAUGGUCCUCCCCAUGUCUCCCAGUAGCCACCUCACUCCAUCUGUGGCUGCUCAAGCUGCAGCUGCCGUCCAGGCCGCUGCUCUGGAGCAGCUCCGAGACAAGCUGGAAAGCAACGAACCCCCGGAGAAGAAGAUGAUGACGGUGGCAGAGGAGCAGAAGAGGAUGAUGCAGCAUGCGCUGCAACAGAACCUGCUGGCCAUGGCAACCCAACUGCCUCUCAGCAUCAAACUCAACAACAGAGAUGAUAGACAAGAGACUGCAUUGAACCUGUCUACCAGCGGCAUUAGCAGCAUCAACAUGUCAAUAGAAAUAAAUGGAGUUGUCUACACAGGUGUCCUUUUUGCUGGCCAAGGAAUGACAGCAGGACAGCGAGGCAAACACAGCAACUGUCCCUCUCAGGGGAAGACCAGUCCCAUGCACUUCCAUCCGUCAUGCUCCUCCUCUUCAUCUUCUUCUUCCUCUGUCCAUACGCACAGAACCUCGGUGUCGUCAUCCUGAGUUGUGUUCUCCCACUCCAUCAGGAAGAUGAUCUUCUCAACACAAAAAGCUUAUUUCCUCUUGGUGGCUUCACCCUUUCAUGUCUACUUGGGUCCUGCUUGGAGUACAAUCAUGGCUUCAUGAAGUUCAACCUCAACCCAAUCAAAGAAACACCACCCAAACUUCAACCCCCCCAAAAUCACCAACCCAAACCAAAGAAAUGCCACCCAAACCUCAACUCAAAAAAAGAAACAGGCCACACGUUAACCCAACCAAAGAAACACCACUUAAACUUUAACCCAACCAAAGAGAUGCCACCCAAACCCAAGCCUAAACGCCCCCGCAAAAAAAGAAACGCAGCUCAAACCUCAACUUUAACCAAAGAAACGCCACCCCCAAAUCUCACCCCAACCAAAGAAACACCAUCCAAACCUCAACCCAACCAAAGGUGAUGAGGUUGCAGGCUUUCAAGCGACCAAAGACACAGCAUGUUUAAAAAGAGCUACAAACUUUUUCCAGCGAGGAAUUGAAGAAUGCGGGAGGAGGGGGACACUUUGAUAUGUCUCCCUUGAAAAUUGCUAAAAGCAAUCCAAAGUAGAUGAAGAUAUGAUAAUCACUUUAAUAUCUUUAAAAAAACUUAGCACUAUUAGUGGCAUUUCUGGUAACAGUCAACAUUUAUACUUUUUCUGCUAAAAUUAAGACUUGUUUCUCAAUUUAUUUAUUUUUGGACUGCGGGCUACAAAAAAAAUAAAAUAAGCAGGGCCGUAAUUUGUAGGCUUGUGCAAAAUUCAGAAUUUAGAAUUCGAUUAAAUUCAUUUGAUGGAUUGGAAUUGAAUUAGCUCCGCCCCACAGGAUGUUGAAUUGGAAUGACAGGAAGUGGAAUGAAAGCUGAAUUCGUUAAAAAAAAGACUUUUCUUUUCAUUUCAGCCAUUUGGAAUACUUCAAUAAAGUAAAGCAUUCUGGGAAUUUUUUUCAGCAUUUUCCGUCAUUUCAAAGUUAGAAUACAUCAAAUGACAUGAUGUAUUUUACAGAAGAUGCUUUUAUUCUUAAAGGGAUAGUUCGGAGUUUUUGACAUGAAGUUGUAUGACAUCCCCAGCAGCAGUGUAGUACAUCAACAAUGACUUACCCCCCCCCCCCGGAUUUCGGAUUUCUGCUUACUUGCUGGGUCAUUUAAAGAGUUUGACUAUUCAAAACAACAUGCAUUCAAAAGAGUAAUACAUUUGCGUCAGAAAAAUCCUUCUCGAGAAAAUUAGACCUCACUAAUUGCUCGGUGUUCUAUUUGUCUCCGCCGUAUCCCUGCGCACUGACGCCUCUCGAUUCUUAUGUAUGUGAUGAAGACGCUCGGUGUGGAACACGGAAGACGGCCGAAGUGCUCCAUCGCAAAAGAAGGCGCGAGCGACUUAAUCACGUAGGAGGGGUGACGUAAGUCUUGAUAUAGUCCACUGCUGAUGGGGAUGUCAUACAACUUCAUGUCAAAAAAUGCCCAAGCAAAGCACCCUACAUGUUGCUGACUCAGUCACCGUUAUGUCACAUUGUUUUCUGCAUGUAAAACUAUAAUUAUUCUCCAUAAAAUGUAUUUUCAAUUUUGGAACGGAUGAAUUGGAUUUACAUGAUUUCCUAUUGGAAAAAUUUCCUCAGUUUGCUUACGUUUCGGUUUUCGUCUGACCUUUUGGAAUGAAUUAAUGACAAAAACUGAGGUUCCAGUGUAAUAAUAUUUCUGUGAAAUAUAUCAAACCGUAAGCAAUAUGCUGUAAAGCAUGAGUCUGCAAUACACCAACAUUAUCAAUUGGAAUUUGAAUUGCAAUUCUACUUUGUGUUCACAACGUCAGUUCCAAUUCAAAUUCUGAACUCAAUUGAAAAUUAAAUUGAGAAUUUUGCACAAGCCUGAUACCUUGCAGACCCCUGUCCUGCAGCAUGUCCAAUGAAUAUCUGGAAUAUUUGUACUUUUAUGGUUAUAUAUACUACUCACAAAAUUUCAGGAUGAAGCUAAAAUGUAUUAUAACCUUCACAGGUGAGCUUCAUAUAGGUUAUAAUAUAUUUUAAAAUUAGGGCUGUCAAAUGACUAAAAUGUUUAAUCCAAUUAAUCACAGUUUUCCAAUUAAUUAAUCAUGAUUAACCACCAUUUGCAACUAGGAGAGAGGUUUACAAGUUGGAGAUACAUAUAUGGUGUUGGAAUUGCACUGCCCAGGUUCUGGCCUGAAUAAAAUGAUUGAGUAAUCAUUAUUAUUUUAAAUCAAAUUUAAAAUGAAAAACAGCGACAUAGUCUGCUGACUGUGUGGCCGCUGUACCUCCGUCUGUACCUCCGUCUGCUUUCAUAACAGGCGGCUUGCCACGAUGUGCAUGCAUUAAUUACGCUGAAAAAUAAAUGAGUCACUGCUGUUAAUUUUGACAGCCCUAUUAAAGUACACUAUAAUCUUUACAGGUGACCUUCAUACGGGUUAUACAUUAGUUAGCUUCAACCUGGAAGUGCUUGUUUGAAUAUAGUUGGUAUUAUUAUGAUGGUGGUUAGCAAUGCUACACUGCAUCAUACUCAAAGUUGACAUUGUAAAUAUAAAAAGGUGUCAUUGUGUACUUCUACGUGUCUGCAAACUAUUAGAAAAAUACCGACAUUCUUCACUCACCCCAAAAGACAUGGAUCAAAUGGCAACAUUGUCAUGAUAAAAGCUCAUGUCCAGGAGACUUUCGUUUUUGUUUUUACAAAUGACACAACGCUUCCACAGUGUAAAUUCAUACACACAUUUGCUGUUUAAGAAAAUGAAAUCCUUGAAGAAGCACAAAGCUGAUGAGAUGUGAUGGAGGUUCCUCUAUGCUUUGUUGGAGACGCCAAAAGGACAGAAAUGAGAAAUGUUGUUCAUCUUGGAGGUGAUCAGAAACAAAGGAGGAUGUAAAAGACAUAAAUUAUGUUUAUUGAAUGUCUUUUGUUUUACGUUAAUGCAUCUAAAAAAAAUGACAUGUCUAUUGUAAUUUAUAUGUUUUAUUCUUUUAAAACAUGAAUUGUAGUUUUGGGGGAUUCUACUUUGUCUACCUAGAGCGUGGCCACAGGAAAAACAUUGUGCUCAGUUGGAAUAUGAUUUGUUAUGCAAAGGUUGCAAGAUGGACAUGGACUCUGCAAAAAGUCAUACUUGAAGGACACGUUUGUUUCUGCAAAUAUUGCAUUCACGUUCAACAUUUGCCAACCACUUUUCUGUCACAGUCCAUGCAAAAAUACCUCAUGCAUUUUUAUAAUACACCUUCAAUGCCAUGUUUUUUUUUUCUUUUUUCGGUCUUUUCCGUGACAGAUCACUGGACUUUGUUAUCAUUUUUGAUGAUUAUACCAAAGAAGGGAAUAUUUGAUUGACACAUCUACCUCGUUUAUUAUAGACUGUGCCAACAUGCUUAAGUGUAUCGUUGUUUUUCAUGACUACUGUAUGUGUGACGGAGAUAAUUGUUUUUUCAUUGCAGUGUUAGCGUCUAUAUUUAAACAUGUACAUAUAGACAACAGCACCUGGCAACAACAGAUGCCAAAAGCUUAGAAAUAAUACAUUGUCAGAGAAAACGUAAGAAAUGUGAUGUUUGUGUAAUGGCUCAUGUACUUACUGAUAGUGUAAGAACACUGAUAAUGAUGAUGGUGAUUGGAAAUGAGGUAUUACUUUGUAACGCAAAGUGCAUCCGGAAAGUAUUCACUUGUUACACAUUUUCCUACGUAACAGCCUGAUUCCAAAGUGAAAUAAAUUAAAUUUUUUCCCUCAAAAUUCUACACACAAUGACUCACAAUGACAACAUGAAAAAUAUAUAUUUUUUCAGUUUGAAAAUGUAUUAAAAAUAAAAAAAAACUUUGACAUGACAUAGCAUUCACAGAUCUUCGCUUGUUUCGCAUUUUCUUAAAGACACCCAACUCACGAGACGAAACGAGAUUGGCUCCACGAGACAAGGUUUUAACAUUAAUUUUAAGCAGAGUACAAUGAAAAAAUAUUACUUUUAUUUAACCGAGUUGCAAAACAAUGCAGAUGCGUUCUGAAAUGUUUAAUGUCCCACAAAUUGACACUAAACUAUAUUAUUGUCUACAUUUUAGGAGACCAAAUAAACCAUUAAUGUUAUGAUGAUAUAUAAUAAUAAUAAUAUAUCGAAAUAAUGCAAUAUUUCUUUUAAUAUGUCAUCUUUGACUCUGUAGACUGGUGGAAUUGUCAUUUGCGACGUGUAUUUUCUCACAGGCAAUUCGUACUGUCUGUCAAACGUUUGCAGCAUUUUUUGAAAUGCUGGCUUUUCAACUGUUAAAGAGCAGCGAUGUAUUAAGCUACACUGUCUGUGAACGCACACCAUUUUACGCUGUUCCGUUGUUAGUGUUGAUCCGUUGUGGGUGAUUGUGUGUCUCAGUGAGUGUUGACCGUUGGUGUUUAAUUUUGUGGGAAAACUGGGUUAGGUGCAUAUGUUUAGGUGAGCAAGUUUGUACUACUACGUUACCUUGCAUUGCUCCUCAUGAGGCUCCACUCAUUUGGUGCGUGCAUGCUAGUGGCCCCGCCUCCCCUCACAGAGACAACGCGACUAUGAUUGACCUGAACUCUCGCGCUGUCUCACAACGUCUCAAGCCCUUCUAUGACGUGUGUAGGUGCUGAAACAAUGCGAGUGAGUGAUGAGUGAACCCUCUUCUUGCCUGUUUGGAGGAGAGGGACGAGGAAAACAGACACGCAUGCACAUGGCAAUACAAGGAGGUCGGCAAAAUGAUCAAAUUCAUUUUCGUUUAUUGUGUGAUUAAAUGAUUUAUUAUCGAGACUGAACGAGAAAUCUGGUCACGUUUUAUUCCAAAAUAGAAUAAAGUGAAAUAUAUAAGUACAUGUAAUAAGUGAGAAAUCUUCAUCACAUCAGUAUUCACAGCACUUCACUUUUACAUGUUUUCAUGUGACAACCUUCGUAAAUGGAGUCAACUUUUUUCCUUCAAAAUUCUGCACACAACACCCCAUCCCAAAAACAUGAAAAGUUAUUAUUUUUCUAAAUGUUUGCAAAUGUAAAAAUAAUAAAUACAAAAAUUAAGCGUACCCAUAAGUACUCACAGUGCUUCACUUUUUACACAUUUUCCUAUGUAAUUGUCUUAUUCCAAAAUGGAAUACAUUCAUUUUAAUCCUCAAAAUUCUACACACAAUGCCUCAUAAUGGCAACAUGAAAAUAUAUUUUUGAAAUGUUCGCAAAUUUAUUAAAAACAAUAAUAAACUUAAGACGUCACAUAAGUAUUCACGGCACUUCACUUUUUACUCAUUUUCUUAUGUCAAAGCCAUAGUCCAAAAUGUCAAUUUUUUUUUCUUUCCAUGAAGAUAAACACACCACUCCGUAAUGACAACAUGAGCAAACGUUUUAUGGGUUCAUAUUUUUUGUACAUAAGUAUCAGCUCAGGUGCAUCCUGUUUCCACUCAUCAUCCUUGAGAUGUUUCUACAGCUUCAUUGGAGUCCACCUGUUGUCAAUUCAGGUGCUUGAACAUGAUACCUGUCUAUAUAAGGUCCCACGCGUGACGGGUGUAGAGUUUUGACGAACAAAACGCUGCCACGCGAGCAAUGAAAACUUUCCGGAUGCACUGUGUUUUCCGAAUGAAAGAAGCAGGCUGAAAAGGCAAAGUUACACUUCCUGUUUUCUCAUGCUGACAUUUGUGGUUGACAUGCAAUCAGUGAUGACGGACAGCGACUAAAUGAUGCAGCAUCGGGCGCUAAUGAGGGUUGACUGAAUGUUAGUGUUGCUUAAAAUAUGGGACCCUACAUGAAAGCAGCCCCUCCACCACCAGCUUCCAUUUCAUCUCUUGCAAUUAUCACAAAAAUACUCAGCAUAUACAAGAAUUGAAGUUGUAAAUGUAGCUCCUAAUACUGUUUAGGCCAGCAGAGAAGGCGUUGCUGACCCUGACGGCGCACCACUGGUUGAUGGAGUGUAACUUUCUCACGGCAACAUGUGUAACGUGUUGAGGUUUUUGAUGCUGGUGUCGUAGCGUGAGUGCAACUUAGUGAUAUUUUGUGUGACGGUUUGUUGGGGACAAUCUUCAGCCAACUGUCAGUUGGGACAAUGACCCUGUUUCCAUGUACACGAUAUUACAAUAUUCAUAAACGUGUUUGUAAGCAAAAAAAUAUAUUCCCGUUUACCAAACACCGAAAUUGUUGCUCAUAACAUCAAUACCCUGGCUUUGAUUUGAAGGCUUUGACAUGUCUGAACAUACUUAAUACAGGAAUAUUGUGUGCACGGAAAUGUAGUGAAUGAAGUUGUACUUUAUUAAUUUCACGAUGGAGACAAACAAUUGAUGUACAUGUUAUGGAUAGUCUAUUAUUAGUGCAUUCUCCUUAUGAAAACGGGUAAACAAUGGAGAGUUACUGUAAGUGUGUGUCGGCACCAUCAUAGAAAUACAAUACUUUAAACAUAUAUUUGUUCGCCUGAAUGACCUCAUUAAUAUCAGGCAAGUCAUUUUUUUAUUGACAGGCGUGAAAAUGAUGACAAAAUGUGUCCAGGAAGAUUUAAUAAGUGUUGAUUGUCAGCCCUGGCAAGACAAUAAAAAGUAGAUUUGUGUAUUUGAGCAGUGCUUUGCUGGUAGUUUUAUGUACAAAGCUUUCAGUGUUGCUUUUCUUUCCCUUUUGUUCAUCUUGAAUGAGUCCAGUGCAUUAUGGGAAGGCUGGAUUGUGGUGCUCAGGGGUUCAA